CUCGAGCAGCAGCACAUCACGGCUGUGGAGGGCAUCGUACCUCAACUGCAGAACAUCGUCGCGACGGUCAACCUCGACUGUCGUCUCGACCUGAAGACGAUCGCCCUCCACGCCCGGAAUGCCGAGUACAACCCGAAGCGUUUCGCGGCCGUCAUUAUGCGUAUCCGCGAUCCGAAGACGACGGCCCUCAUCUUCGCCUCGGGCAAGAUGGUCGUGACCGGCGCGAAGUCCGAGGAUGACUCGCGGCUUGCCGCUCGCAAGUAUGCGCGCAUCAUUCAGAAGCUCGGCUUCGACGCCAAGUUCUCGGAGUUCAAGAUCCAGAACAUCGUGGGCUCUUGCGACGUCAAGUUCCCCAUUCGUUUGGAGGGAUUAGCGUACAGCCACGGACAGUUCAGCUCGUAUGAACCCGAGCUUUUCCCCGGUCUCAUCUACCGUAUGCUUAAGCCGAAGGUCGUGCUGCUCAUCUUCGUCUCUGGAAAGAUUGUCCUCACCGGCGCGAAGGUCCGCGAGGAAAUCUACGCUGCUUUUAACACCAUCUAUACCGUGCUAUGCGAAUUCCGCAAACCGUGA